CAAAAGUGACACAAUACAUUCGUAAAUCAAUUGUUAGAUUAAUUAUAUUGUUCCAAUAGAUCUACUUUUUUUAAUUUCUCGAAAUUAAAAAAGAGCUCAAAUCAUCGAAAAAACCAGUUAGCAAAAAUUUGCACUUCAAAAAAAUACUCAACUUUCGUUCGAGUUAUCAACUAACAAGUGACAAAAAAUGGCUUUGGAAGUGAUGGCUAAUUUCUCGUUUUACGCGUCACACGUUUUGAGAGGACUUUUUAAUAUUGCCAUUGGAGCCGAAGAGUUCAUUUACGACGACCAAGGCAACAUCAUUUCAAAGCUACCAUCAAAACGGAAGCAAGUUUUGGUAUUUGCCAAAAAUUUCCUCAAGGAACCGGUGAUGUUGGGUGCUGCAUUUCCGAGCAGUCAGUUUGUGGUGGAUAAAGUUCUUGCGCCGAUCGAUUUCGAAAAUUCAAAAUUGAUCGUAGAAUACGGUGCUGGUGUUGGUAAUAUUUCCAUUGAAAUUCUUCGUCGCAUGCGCAAAGAUGCGAAAUUGGUCGUCUUUGAAAUAAAUGAAGAUUUGAUUGAAUUUUUGAAAAAUGAAUAUCACGACGACCGUUUAAUUGCAUCCGAUCGCUCAGCUGCUGAUGUUGAAGAGGUGCUACGUGAAAACAAAUUGGGACAACCCGAUUACAUUAUUUCUUCAAUUCCAUUUUCAACUAUGCCCCAAGAAGUCGCCAACCAAAUUAUGAUUGCAACCAAAUCCAUCUUGAAACCCGAAGGAAAAUUCUUGGUCUAUCAAUAUCGCAGCAAAAUUCUUGACUUUUUACAACCAUAUUUUAAGCACAUCGAUCGCAGUUAUGAAAUUCUCAAUUUACCACCAGUUAAACUUUUUUAUGCAUAUAAUUAAGAUACGAUUCUUUAUUUCGAUCACAAUUAGUUUAUUACUUUGAAAAUGACACUUAAAAUAAGAGAUUUUUAGUUUAAACAUUUAGUGUUAAUUGAUUUUUUUUAAGUUUAUGAAUAAUAAUAAUAAAAUCGCCACUUUUUUACAUCCUAA